UGUGACCUGCGUGCCCUGAGCCUUGGCGGCCCGGGUUCAAGACUAGUGGCCUGAGCCGCUCGCAGAUGGUCCCUGAGCUACGAUAUGGCAAUUUUGGCUAAAUUGGCGCGAAAUGACCAGCCUUCAAAGAAAUCACCAUGGCAUAGCUAAGGGACCCCUUGAUGAAAUAUGACGUUCGACACGUCUCCGGAUGCGUUUUUACGCGUAGAUUCCAUUUCCGGUCGAGUUUUCCCAAAUUUUGGAAACCGAAAGGCUCAAACGGGAAAUUUCACUUUUCUGACUAUUUCUCCCGAUUUCUCCAUAAGAGUUCUAUGUUAAACUUUGACAGCCUGGCGGGACCUUUUCUGGUGGUCAGAUCAAGUCGAGAGGGGUAUCAAAAAUCUUGUAUUUUAACAUAGAACGCGAUGACACCCAAGACAUCAACAUUUCAGACCUUCGUGCAUUUUGCACCCCUCUAACCUCAUGGCUGGCGAAUUUUACGGGGAGUGGCUCGCUUGUAUUCAGCGAACCCGGGAGGUGGGCAGUCUGCUGGCUAUACGCGUCAUAGAUGCGAUGCAGCGCAGGGAGAGUGGCCUCCUGGAGUGUGAAGUUUUUCUCCCCGCAGUGUUCUUGGAACCCCGGUACAAGUCACUCCUGACAACUGCCCAGAGGAAGAAAGCCACUGAUUACUUUCAGGCUCUAUCUAUCAGGCUAGAACACCUAGGCCUAGGUGAUCAGGAACAGGACCACAACGCCAACGAGGACGACCCUGCUUCUGUGAAUGAAAAUGAAACUGCUGACGAUUUAGAGGCAAUUUUGAUGGCUUCUGACACGUCAGACAACAUUGUUAAAGAAAACAACAUUUUAAAAAAUUUUGUCUGAUUAUGAUGAUUGGGAGAGGGUGCCGAAAGAAGUUGACAUCUUCAAAUAUUGGUAUGAGAGGAGGCUAAAACAUGAUGUUCCUCAUAAGUUGUCAGAAGUUGUACUAUCGGUUCCCAUGACACAAGUUAGUGUCGAGCGCACAUUUAGUCACUUCAAGCAGAUUCUGUCUAUGUUGAGGUUCAAAAUAUCUUCUGACAUUAAACGACAUUCUGUUCAUCAAAUGCAACUAUCAUUUACAAAAGUUAUUUUUGGUAGAGAAUAAUUUUCCUUAUUGCAAUGAUUUUGUUUAUUGGCAGGGAUAGAUCCCUGUUGUGUUCGUACUGUGCACAAUUACUUUCUUUUAGUUUGUAUUGGGAACGCCCUGUAAUUUUAUAUUUUCAAAGAAAUUUUCUUGCAUUGAUGAAUUAUGUAUGCAUAUGUGCACAAGCACCCGUUUUAGUUAAUAUGUUUACA